UGUAUUUUCUAUAUACCAGAAUUUCCGCCCUUUCAAAAGCAAAUAACGGAAAACAAGUUGAUAAACAUGGCUGCGACACUCGCGCUCAACGACUACGAGUUCUAUGUCCAAGCAUCCGCGCUGAAGUGCAUCGGCUCCGCGAGCAAGAUUUUGGUAAUUUGGGAGGAGCUCCGAACGCAAUACCCGGAUAUACAGGAAAACUUAUUAUCCAUUCUCCGUAACAAUCAAGAAGGCAUUGCUCGAAAAGAAGCGUGCAAUGUCUUAUGCUCCUUCUACCAAAACCUCAAAUUGUCCACGACUUUCAAACAGACGCUUUAUGAGCACAUGGUGUCCUCAGCCCUUGCAGACUUCCACUGGGAAGUACAACUGAGUGCUCUUAAGUUCUGGCGAAUGGUAAUUCAUUCUCUGCUAAGUGAUCAAGGGAUGUUGGAUGGUACUUUUCCGCCGGUCACAUUCUCGAGGGAAACACGGAAAAUUGUCACAUUAACCGAAACUGAGAUUCAGAAAAGAUUAAUACGAAUACUAUACGAACUGUCCUCCAUAGGCUGUCUUACAGUACUAGUCAAACUCUUGCAUGAAGACACAGAACUGGACAUCAUGGAGACCGCACUCAACAUAUCUUUAGACAUACUGAAUAUUUUAAACCAAUACAAAGUUCCGACAAUGCUGAAACCUGUUAAUAAUGACGUACAUUCAAUAGACGAGCUAUUAAACAACAUAGUUGAAGAAAACACCAAUCAGGCCGAAGAUAUCGUAGAACCAGAAACUUCAGCCAAAUCUGAUAAUGUUAUCGAUGAAAUCUUAAAGUCCGAUGAUAUAAAUUUACUAGCAAAUAUUUACGAAAGGCAUAUGAAUUUACAAGGUGAGAAAACGUUAUCAACAAGUAAACCAAGGAUCAAGUUGUUGAAGCGGGUAUCCCCAUAUUUCUUUGUCAAUCACUUAAUAGGUACCGAUUUUAAAGUCGUUGUGGAACAAAAGAAAUCUUGGAAAAUUGGUAUUAGAAGUGUUUCAUCGUUACUAGACGAUGUGUUAGGGAUAUACGAAAUUAAUAAUGAAAUUAAUUCAAUGGAUUGUUAUUGAGAUUUUUAACGAUAGCCUAAUGCAAUAAAAAAAUCUGUAUUAUAAU